AAUUCGUACUCAAAUUAAUUCGUAAUCUGUAAUUUUGGUCAAAUCGGUUGUGUGCAGGCGAGUGCUUGUAAUUUGACAGUUUCGUAACACUUAUGCUAGUUAUCGACUAAGUUAUUGUUUUUCUGAUUUAUCUGUUCUUUCAUGGUUAAAAUGAAUUCCUCCUUGUAUAAUUUAGUGAACAAAAUGAUCAUCAAACACCCAGACAGGCUCGCUGUUCAAUUUGAUAAUGGGGAGCAACUUUCAGCAAUCUCUUACACACAGCUAAGAAACAUAUCAUCUCUGGUGAUGAAGUUGCUACAUGGAAGAGACAGUGAAGUUAUUGGUUUAUGUCUUUACACGGACCAUAGGUUACCAGCAAUUUUACUUGGAGUCCUUGGAUGUAAGGCAGCAUUCUACAACUUUGAUGCCAAAGGUUUUAUGUAUGCAAGACAGGUGCUAAAAGAUGUAGGAACACAGAUUCUGUUAGUACAUAAAAGUUUUAUUCAGGUCAUAAAGAAUCAGAUCAAAGAAGAGGAGGUUGUUUAUACUCCAGUAUCAGUUCAAGGGUUAGAGGAUUAUUUUGUGAUACAGUUUACGUGUAUCGCACGGAAAUAUUGUAAAUCAAGUCUUGCAUAUUGUAUUACUACAUCCGGAACCACUGGCAAGCCGAAAGUUGUUAUGGUACCAAACGAAUGCGUAGUGCCUAAUAUUCUUCAUCUAAGUAAACUGUUCUCAGUGACCUUAGAUGACCUUGUGUUAGGAGCAACAGUCUUGACCUUUGACCCUAGUAUUAUAGAGAUAUUUAUAGCAUUGAGUGUUGGAGCUUGUGUGUUGAUGGUACCUCCAACAGUGAAGAUGAUACCUGACCGUUUACUAGACAUUAUACAUGUUAGGAAUAAAGUCACAGUGAUUCAGGUAACACCAACAUUAUUUUCAAGAUUUGAUGCUAGCAAAUUAUCUGACACAAUAUUGGGAGAUAAAUCCAAUGUAAGAGUUUAUUGCCCUUGGAGGAGAGAGGUUCCCAUCAUGCACUUGGCUGCAGUCAAUGAGGUCAACAGGCAACCAGACAUGUUUCUAUAAUCUUUAUGGUACAACAGAAGUGUCUUGCUGGGCGACAUGCUAUAAAGUCACUGACAUAGAUUUUAAACUUUCAGAAGAAAUUCCCCUUGGUGACCCUCUUCAGGAUACAGUGCUUGAGGUACAUGAUGAUGUUGGAAACAUUGUUACUGAAGGAACUGGAACACUUUGGAUUG